GCCGAGGUGGUGGGCGGGGCGAGCGGGGCGUGGCGUACGCGAGGCCGCGGCGGCGGCGGCGGCGGCGGCGGCGGCGGCGGAGGAACUUGUUGCGCCCGCGGCUGCGCCGUGCGGCUCCCUCCGCUCCAGUUCGCCCGGGCGGGCGCGGCGACGGCGGCGGGUGCGGGGCCCGGCCGCAGCGAUGCGGCGCUACCUGCGCGUGGUGCUGCUGUGUGUGGCCUGCGGCUUCUGCUCGCUGCUCUACGCCUUCAGCCAGCUCGCCGUGUCGCUGGAGGAGGGCGCCGGCGGCGGUGGCGGGAAGCCGCAGGCCGCAGAGGCUUCCUGGCUGGCGGGCGGCAGACGCGGCGCCGCCAGAGGGGCGGGCGGCGCGGGCCCCGCGGCGUCUCCCGGCCGGUCGGACAGGUGUAAAGAUUUCUCUGUGUGUUACUGGAAUCCCUAUUGGAUGCUGCCCUCUGAUGUUUGUGGAAUGAACUGCUUUUGGGAAGCGGCUUUUAGGUAUAGUCUGAAAAGGCAGCCUGUUAAGAGAAUGCACCUCGCCGUAGUUGCCUGUGGAGAAAGACUGGAAGAAACUAUAACCAUGUUGAAAUCAGCCAUCAUAUUCAGCAUCAAACCUCUUCAGUUCCAUAUUUUUGCUGAAGAUCAGCUACAUGAUAGUUUUAAAGGCAUACUCGACAGCUGGUCAUUCCUACAAACAUUUAAUUAUUCCUUAUACCCAAUAACUUUUCCAAGUCAGAAUGCAGCAGAAUGGAAAAAACUCUUUAAACCAUGUGCUUCCCAGAGAUUGUUCUUGCCGUUAAUCCUGAAAGAAGUUGACUCAUUAUUGUAUGUCGACACUGAUAUCCUGUUUUUACGGCCCGUGGAUGAUAUUUGGUCUUUGCUAAAGAAAUUCAAUUCCACACAAAUUGCUGCCAUGGCACCAGAACAUGAAGAGCCUCGGAUAGGCUGGUAUAACCGCUUUGCCAGGCAUCCUUACUAUGGCAAGACUGGGGUGAACUCCGGGGUCAUGCUGAUGAAUAUGACCAGAAUGAGAAGGAAGUAUUUCAAGAAUGAUAUGACGACUGUCCGAUUACGAUGGGGGGACAUCCUUAUGCCCUUGCUUAAAAAAUACAAGUUGAACAUCACAUGGGGUGAUCAAGAUCUGCUGAACAUCAUAUUUUUUCAUAAUCCAGAAAGCCUUUUUGUUUUUCCAUGUCAAUGGAAUUAUCGACCAGAUCAUUGUAUAUAUGGAAGCAAUUGCCAAGAAGCAGAAGAAGAAGGAAUCUUUAUUCUUCAUGGGAACAGAGGUGUUUACCAUGAUGAUAAGCAACCAGCAUUUAGAACUAUUUAUGAAGCACUCAGAAAUUGUUCUUUUGAAGAUGACAGCAUCCGUUCCUUAUUAAACCUAUUAGAACUGGAACUACAAAAGACAGUACAUACAUACUGUGGAAAAAUUUACAAAAUAUUUAUCAAACAGCUAACAAAAAGCAUAAGAGAUCGUUAUGAUCGACCACCAAAGGAAAGGUGAUUCUUGGUGACUGCUAAAAUCAAGUGAAUUAAAACAAGAUAUCAUAGGAUGUGUGUGAAGGAGUAGUCUUGGUUGAAAUGUUGGGGAAGGAAUUUAUUCAUCUUCAGAAUAAUUUUUUCACCUGAAGAAGUUAAAUAAGGAAUAUAUUUAUAUAAUGAAGAACAAGAUAAAGCCCCAUUCAAAGACGUUUUUGAUCUAUGAUGUUUUGUAAUGUCAUUUUAAUAUUUUGCUGUCAUUCCAAUAUUGAUGAAAACCUUGAGUGGUUGUGGCCUACACACUUGGGUUCAUUCUUAUUCUCCAGUGAACAAGAACAGUCCAGGUGUAUGGAAAGAUGUACCUCAUGCAUGGUGGAAACACUCAAGCUGUGAGUAGAGCAAUAAUUUUAUGUCAGCACUAACCUCACUUUAAAAGUGUGAGAAGCCAGUUGUUUACAGGAGCAGAAAAGGUUCUCUUUCUAAAGAAAUGUGAUGUGACCGCUGUAGAUAUUGACAAUCUUUGUGCCUUUAUGCAUUUCAUCUCUGUUUUAAGAUAUUUUUUUG